GGGUAUCGGCAGUGUGUCCACAGUGGCACAUCAAAUAUCAGCGCUCACGCUGCCUCGUGCAGGACGGGAGGCUGGGUCAGAGCUCUGCGGGCACCCCAGCCAACAAUCUGUGUUCAGGGGUCUCGGCGCCGGCUCCUCUCCCCUCCCCCCGUCAGCUGGGCAGGGCUGGGCUCCACACUGCAGCAGCGCCGCUCUGAGUGCGCAAGUGUGCCGGUGCCUGUCAGCCGAACACCCGAGCGCAGGUGAAGACGGUGCUCCGCAGUGCCUGCUGUGGCCCAGAGAAAAUUUGAAGCAUGUUUCUGUUUGGAGGGAUCUCUGCUCGCAUACAGAAGGACAGGCUGAAGGCUGAAGGGAUGGGAUCCAACGACAGGGCUCUAAAAUUCCAGAACCAGGACUACGACGCCCUGAAGCAGGAAUGCAUCGAGAGUGGCUGCCUGUUUGAGGACCCCCUAUUCCCUGCUGAACCCCCUUCACUGGGGUUCAAGGAGCUGGCACCCCACUCCUCCAAAACUCGGGGUGUUGAGUGGAUGCGCCCCACGGAGCUGACAGCGAAUCCUCAGUUCAUUGUUGGAGGUGCUACAAGGACCGAUAUCUGCCAGGGAGCCUUGGGUGACUGCUGGCUCCUGGCUGCCAUUGCCUCUCUCACCCUCAAUGAGAAGCUGCUGCACAGAGUGGUCCCACACGGCCAGAGCUUCCAAGAGGACUAUGCAGGGAUUUUCCAUUUCCAGUUCUGGCAGUUCGGGGAGUGGGUGGACAUCGUGGUUGAUGACAGGCUCCCGGUGAAAGAUGGGGAGCUGCUCUUUGUCCACUCUGCGGAAGGCAAUGAGUUCUGGAGCGCCCUGGUGGAAAAAGCCUAUGCCAAGCUGAACGGCUCUUAUGAGGCUCUGUCAGGAGGCAGCACCACUGAGGGCUUUGAGGACUUUACCGGGGGCGUGUCGGAGAUGUACGAGCUGCGCAAGGCCCCCAGAGACCUCUAUAGGAUCAUCAGUAAAGCCCUGGAGAGGGGCUCCCUGCUGGGCUGCUCCAUUGACAUCACCAGUGCCUUUGACAUGGAGGCAGUGACAUUCAAAAAGCUGGUGAAGGGUCACGCUUACUCUGUGACGGGGCUGAGAGAGGUAGACUACCGAGGUCGCAGUGAGAGGCUGAUCCGGAUCCGGAACCCAUGGGGUCAGGUGGAGUGGACUGGAGCCUGGAGCGACAAUUCUUCAGAGUGGAAUGAAAUCGACCCCUCUGAGAGAGAUGAUAUGCAUUUAAAAAUGGAAGAUGGUGAGUUUUGGAUGGCAUUCCAGGAGUUCCUGCGCCAGUUCUCCCGCCUGGAGAUCUGCAACCUCACGCCCGACGCCCUGAGCGAGGACGCUCUCAGCUUCUGGAACACCAUCAAGUUUGAAGGCAGCUGGAGGCGGGGCAGCACUGCGGGGGGCUGCAGGAACCACCCCAACACCUUCUGGAUCAACCCCCAAUACAAGAUCACUCUGCUGGAGGAGGACGAUGACCCCGAGGAUGACGAAAUGGCCUGCAGUUUUCUGGUGGCUCUGAUUCAGAAGGACAGGCGGCUGUACAGGAAACAAGGCCAGGACAUGCACACCAUCGGCUUCGCCAUCUACGAGGUUCCAGAAGAGUACAAGGGCUGCCAGAACGUGCACCUUAAGAAGGACUUCUUCCUGAGGCACCAGUCCUGCGCUCGCUCCGAGACCUUCAUCAACCUGCGCGAGGUCAGCUCCCGCCUGCGCCUGCCCCCGGGGGAGUACCUCAUCGUGCCCUCCACUUUCGAGCCCAGCAAGGAGGCUGACUUUGUGCUCAGAGUCUUCACGGAGAAGCAGUCUGAGACACAAGAGCUUGAUGAAGAAGUAUCAGCAGAACUUGAAGAGGUGGAGGAGAUAUCGGAAGAUGAUAUUGACGAAUCUUUCAAGUCUAUGUUUGCACAGCUGGCUGGUGAGGACAUGGAGAUCUCUGUCCGUGAACUCCAGACCAUCCUCAACAGAGUGGUGUGCAGGCACAAGGACUUAAAGACAGAUGGCUUCAGCAUGGAGUCCUGCAGAAGCAUGGUGAACCUCAUGGAUAAGGACGGAAGUGCACGCCUGGGCCUGGUGGAGUUUCAGAUUCUGUGGAACAAGAUCAGGAAGUGGCUGGGCAUCUUCAGACAAUAUGACCUUGACAAAUCUGGAACCAUGAGCUCCUAUGAGAUGCGUCUGGCUCUUGAACCAGCAGGCUUCAAACUCAACAACAAGCUGAACCAGGUUCUCGUGGCUCGAUAUGCUGACAAUGAGACCAUUGACUUUGACAAUUUUAUCUGCUGCCUGGUCAAGCUGGAAGCCAUGUUCAGAGCCUUCCAGGACCUGGACAGAGAGGGGACAGGCGUGGCUGAGCUGAAUCUCACAGAGUGGCUGUUCAUGACCAUGUGUGGUUGAAGACACCCUGUGUCUCCCAGAAGAGCUGCAGUAUAAGGGCCAGUGCAUCCUUCCUGCAAGUGCCUCCCCCAUGAAGCAUUGCACCCAACACCUUUUUACAACUCCUCCAUCCCUCUACUAACCCAAAGAUACCUGCCUGUUUAUUCGUUGAAGUGGCCUGAGUUGGGCAGGAGCUUCUGUUGUAUAGCCACAGUUCGGAGCACGUCUGCUGUUCUCUCUCAGCCUGCUGUACGAGUUAUUUUCAUAUCAUAACUAUGCAACCGUCCAAAACAUUGGUCUAGAAAGGUUCAGUCACAGUGCAGAAUAUACUGAAACCGUGAGGUCCUGUACAAGUCAAGCCCUCAAGCCUCUGCAUUUCUGUACAUAGUGUUGCCGAGUCACAUAAUGCUCUCACUCCAAUUUGCAGAGCACAAGACACAGUUUAAGACUACAGGAACUUACAAUUAAGACACUUGAUUUAAAGUAUAUUGCCCUUAGUUGGAAAGGUUAUUAACUACUUGAUAUUUAUAGCUUGUCUAUAAAAACAAGAAAAGGGGUCCAGUAGAGCAGCUCUUGAACGAAAGGAAAAGAGAAGGGUGUUCUGUGUAGGACUGGCUGUGGCUGUUUGCUAUAGUUAUUAUAUCUAGAAUUGUCACAUGCCAGCAGAGAUACUGUUGAUCACAGCCCUCGAUGAAAGACCUUUGACAAAAUGACAGAACUGUCUUAACAAUUUGCUGGCGAUUUUGCUUAAACAAGACUGAUUUUCAGCCUUCAUAUAGAGAAAAGGCAGCUGCAUGCUUCAAAGACAAACUGUGACUGUCUUGUAGAAACUAAUCUAAUAAAAUAUAGUAGAUUAUGAAUCUGUUUAAAACUUGGCAAGGUAUAUAAAUUGAUUAUGUAUAACAUUAUACAUAAUAUAUAAUGAUUAUUAUUAACAAAUUAUUAAUCAUAAUAUUGAUUAUUGGAAUUAAUGAGGUACAGGAAUGGAAAAAGGUUCAUUCAUGUGUAUUGAUAAAAUUGGCAAGUAAAAUUGAUUUAACCCAGUUCAGCAAUUUUUAGUCUUCUCUCACCACUAUUAAAGUGCACCAGUGCACAAUGAUAUGCAAUACUAAAGCCAUAUAUCCAAUAUAUGCAACACAAGUCAUGGAGUAUAAAUUUUGGUUUGUUAACAUUUUUGUAUGAUUUUAUAGGCAAUUAAAUUAUAUGUUGUUGCUCGAUCAGGA